AUGGCAACCUUCCGGCGUUUUCGUCCUGAUGAUGUUGACAAAUUCUCCAAAUGCAACCUUGACCCUUUGACCGAAACAUAUGAACUAAGCUUCUACUUGCAAUACUUUGCCAAAUGGCCGUCUCUUUUUCAAGUCUGUGAAGAUAAAGAAGGCAAUAUUGUAGGUUAUAUCAUGGGCAAGGUCGAGUCGUCACCCGACGCCUACAAAUACUCAGAGCAUUACCUACCUUGGCAUGCACACAUCACUGCACUGACUGUGGCGCCUGAAGCCCGUAGGUUGGGCAUUGGUAAAAUCUUAACAGAGCAGUUGGAAGCUGCUGCAGAUGAAAAUGAGGCUUGGUUUGUGGACUUAUUUGUCCGCAGGAGUAAUAUCCGCGCCAUUACAUUUUACAAAAACUUAGGCUACACCGUAUUUCGAGUUGUCAAAGACUAUUACGGCGACCAUGCCACAGAUCUGACCAAGGCUACCGAGGACGCGCUUGACAUGCGGAAGCCUAUGAAAAGAGACGGAGGCGGCAAACAUAUCCGCGCUGAUGGUGAGAACCAUGAAGUCGACCCGGAAGAUGUUUGGUAG